AAGAAGAGGGGAAAGAUGGCGUCCUCUAACAAUCCUCGCAAAUUUAGCGAAAAAAUCGCUUUGCAUAAUCAGAAGCAGGCGGAAGAGACCGCCGCGUUUGAAGAAGUGAUGAAAGACCUGAACAUCACCAGAGCUGCGCGGUUGCAGUUACAGAAGACCCAGUAUUUGCAACUAGGGCAGAAUCGUGGACAGUACUAUGGAGGCUCACUGCCCAAUGUCAAUCAGAUUGGAAAUGGCAACAUUGACCUGCCUUUUCAGAACUCGGUGCUGGAUACCAGUCGGACAACCAGGCACCAUGGGCUGGUGGACCGUGUUUACCGUGACAGAAACCGCAUCACUUCGCCUCACCGCCGGCCGCUGACAGUCGACAAACAUGGACGCCAGAUUGACAGCUGUCCUUACAGCUCAGUUUACCUCUCCCCACCGCCAGACACUAGCUGGAGAAGGACAAAUUCAGACUCUGCCUUACACCAGAGCGCCAUGAAUCCAAAGCCCCAGGAGGUCUUUGCCGGGGGAUCACAGGAGCUGCAGCCCAAACGAGUACUGCUGCUAACAGUGCCUGGAACGGAGAACUCGGAGACAAGUGCAGACAAGGAUGUGCAGGAACAGUUGUGGGAUGACAAGAAGGAUGAUUCAUCAAAGCCCAACACGUGUGAUGUCCCAGGAAUCAAUACACCAGUUGGUGCAUUAAAGCUAAGUUGGAGACAAAAAACAGGCACAUGUACAUCCAUAGUUUCUUUUUUUUUUUUUUUAAACUUCCCAGGGAUCCCCACUUCCUCUCAGCCCACCAUGACCGUGACUGCACAGCGCCGGCAGCCACCGGUGGUGCCGCUCACCCUAACCUCUGACCUCCAUCUCCAACAAUCUCCUCAGCAGCUCUCACCCACCCUUUCCUCACCAGUUAGCAUUACACAGGUCAUGCCAACAGAGUCAUUGACCCUGGAACAGCAGCUUUCUCAGUACCCUCUGUUCAACCAGCUGACAGCUCAGGCUCAGGCUCAGCUGAUCAGUGACCUCCAGAAGCAGCAGGCCCUGCCACAAGGCAUCCAGCUCAUUACCUUGCCAACUCUGGCCUCCGCUGGUACAGCGUCUGCCACUGCCAGCAGUCCCUCACCAGACAGCCAGACCACUGGCAGCAUGAGCAUCAGCUCGUACCGCAAUCAGACUGGCUCACCAGCCACUCAGUCUCCAACCUCCCCAGUCUCCAAUCAAGGCUUCUCCCCUGGAGGCUCACCUCAACACAUCCCCGUGGUGGGCAGCAUAUUCGGCGACUCCUUUUAUGAUCAACAGCUGGCAUCGAGGCAGACCAACGCUCUCUCUCAUCAGCUCGAGCAGUUCAACAUGAUCGAAAACCCCAUCAGCUCCACCAGCCUUUACAACCAGUGCUCCACCCUCAACUACACGCAGGCAGCCAUGAUGGGGCUCACUGGAAGCAGCCUACCCGACUCUCAGCAGCUCGGCUACAGCAGCCACGGCAACAUCCCCAACAUCAUCCUAACAGUCACAGGUGAGUCUCCGCCAAGCCUGUCCAAAGAGCUGACCAACUCUCUUGCGGGCGUUGGCGACGUCAGCUUCGACGCAGAUUCUCAAUUCCCUCUGGACGAGCUGAAGAUCGACCCGCUCACCCUGGACGGACUGCACAUGCUCAACGACCCCGACAUGGUGCUUGCCGACCCCGCCACCGAGGACACGUUUAGAAUGGACAGGCUGUGACGUGAAGAAAAAGAAAACUCGUUAACGGAGAGAACCAAAGGGCAGGAUGAUCCCUCUUCCUCGUUGCAUGGCCGUCCAGCUGUCCGACUUUGCCCUUUGAAACAAUGCGGCACCAAAAGACAACAGGGGGGAAAAAAGACAUCCAGCGGCUCGCCGGGGGGAUUGCCUCGCUGUCGUUUUGAAUGAGAUUGGUCGCUCAGCGCUUUUGCUAGCCUACGGUGUUUACAGUGUACCAUUACAUGCCACAUAUAUUCCAAAAACGCACAUUUGGCGGUUUUCUUUUCUUUUCAUAUCUGCUUUAUUAUUUAUUUUGUUGAUAUUUGCUUGUAGCAGGAAGCUGCUAGGACAUUGGGCGAAACUGCACCCGAUAUAAGCGGCCGUGUUUUUAAGAAAAAAAAAAGCGAGGAAAAAGAAACCGAAAAAAACAUGGUCGCUUUGCUCAUACCGUGCAAUGAAAAAGAACGGUUUUCCCAUCAUGCCAUAACGGCUUUCUAUUUCACACUCAAAGCUUUAUUUUUGACAACCAAAUGUUAUUUUCAUUGUGUACUUGUAUGUUUUUAUGCUUCAUCUAUUUAUAUGUUCUAUUUAUUUAUUUGGUUAAAGAUUUUAUAUUCCAUUUCAUAAUUUCAAUUUGAUGCCAAAAUGUUUUCUGUAGGCAUCGUGUAAUAUUGCACUGAUGUAAUUUGUGUCUAUUUAUUGAUUACUAACAUAUUUAUAAAUGUGUUUAUUAAGCUAUUUUUGGUUUAUCGAGGAGUGCAAAACCUCCCCAUAGUUGCCCUUCGGUGUUCAGUGUGCCAUUUUCUGAUGUAAGAUGUGGCGACCGUUAACCAUGCUGCAGCCCAACAGUCCAAUCCAAAUACGACAGGUUUUUUUAGCACCGCUCCAAAAAAUGCUGCGUGCUCCGGAAAUGCGUUGGCUUAAAGCCACACACGUGAUCUUUAACUGAGAAAAAUCAUCAGGAAGAAAAACAGAAGCAUCUAAAUUUAUUUUCUCCUGAUGAAAAGCCAGAAUACAUACAUAUAUACACGUUCAGGCCGACCCUCUUCUCAGUGAAGGAAGGUGUCUGUUUUUAAACCAGAGAUCACUGAAAUCUUUUAAAGUCGUCACUGUGAAAUCACCUGAUUUUGCCUUACGGGAGUAUUCUACUGUUCUUCUUAAGUGUCUAACGUGACAGCGUAUUUUCGUAACUUACUGUAACGUUUUCUCGUAUUUGAGAGAAACUUUUGGUCAGUGAUGUUUGUGGUUAUGUUGUGUAAGGUUUGACAAAUCAAUGUACUGUAUUUUGUAGCGGUACACUUUAUAGCCAAAUUGUUGGAUGUUUUCUAAAGCGGGGCAAAAACGAGAAAAAAAAAGUCAAAGGCGGGUUUGAAGUGUUCAAGAUGGAGCGCAAUUGUGGGGAGGCUUUUUGCUCCUUUACAGGGAAGCUCUAACAAAAACGCAGCUGACUCGACGCGUGGGUAUUUCUUACUGAACUACUUGGUUUUCAUAAGCUCCACGCUUCUAGUUUAUGAGAGGAUGGGAUAAAGUAGACAAAGUAGAAUAUGGCUAUAUAAAUCUAUUUAUAGUAAGUAAGUAUAGUAAGUAUUGUGUGCAAUCUGAUUUUUCUGCAACCAAAUGAACACCACACAGACUCACAUCAUUUGAAUACGCAGACAGACUUUAAGGGGUCGGUCGGCACGCCUAAAUCUUUUGUCAGAGUUUCCCUGAGAGUCACGUGCAGUCUGUGGGAUCAUGUUUGUUAUAUUGUAACGUUUGUGUACAGAUGUGCUAAUAUUUUUACUCACAGCGCUGAUGGGAAGAGUUCCCAAAUCCCCCUUGCUGAAAAAAGAGAAAAAGGAAUCACGUUUGGUUUACCUCUACAGCUGGACGGUUCGUCUCAGUUGAAGUGUUUUCUUGUCUGCUGUAAACUUCCAUCAACGGUUUUUGUUUGCCUUCAACGGGCCUGUGAUUCCUAUGCAAAAUGAGACAAAUAAGAUGCUUGAAGGAAAAAUCCACCUCUGGUGUUUUAUUAGCUAACAGAGUUUGCACGUUAAGCUGGAUUUAUUCUUCUUUUUGCAGGCGAGCAAGCAGCGUGACUCUUAUAUUACAGACGGUAGACUUUGGAGAUGUCAAUUUUAUUUUAAAGAGAAACAUUAUUGCAGAUUAAAAUGGAACCUAAAAUGUCAAACAUGGUAAAUGUCGUGCAGGCCGUAUAAUAUUUUAAGACUUUAAGGGCUUUGUAGUUUAUGACAGAAUUAAAAAUCACCUCACUUAAAAACUGGAAUUGUGCGGCAUCUCUUUUAAAGACUAAACAUCGUGGCUCUACGCCAGAAAACUGACACUAUUGGAAGUGUGCGCGUGUAUGAUGUUGUAGUGUGUCGUGGUGGUGCUAAUGACAAUCAACAAGUGGAAUACAAAUUCAUUUCGAUACCAGAGAAGCAUAAAUCCAGCUUAAUUUUGAAGUUUUGGCCUCAAAAACUGUAAAUCGUGAUUUAAUUACCUGAAUCUUCCUCUUCGUCCUGUGCGACUGUUGAACAUGGUGCAAAAUUGCUGCUUUAGAAAGACACCCUUUGCCCCUGACCCUAAAUGAACCCGUGUCAAACGUUUGCAUUACCCACAGGACGAAGAAAAAUGCGACACACACUAAUUCUGCUUCGUGUAAAGCAGCUAACGUUGGAUUUUUCCUUCAAGCCUCCGAAACAAAGGUGUAGAAAACACACUCUACGGAUUACAUUUCCAAAGGUCUGUGUACCUAAAAGAUAUUAAGCGUCACGUGCACUGUCGUGCUGCCAAUAACGCCAGUGAUUUGAGCUUUCCUGCCAUCCCCUUUCUUUCGUCCUGCUGAAGUCAUUGAUUCACUGACCUUGUACAUAUGCUAUAGCUGAAACAAAAUGCAUGACUUACCUGACAGUCAAAACCUCUAAAUGAAGGCCUUCUAUAGCUCUGCAGGUUUGAUUUGUGUAACGUAACACUACCACAAAGUCUAAAGGGAUGCAUGUAAGGGUUUUUCCUGUUCAGUGACUCUGUUACCUCCAUCUAUGUACAAUGCUACUUGAUGAAUGAUAAAAGAAUGUAUUUUAA